UUAACCUACAAACUUUUAAAUAUUAAUUUAACUAAAUUUAUCUUAAUUAUAGCAAUUGUUAACCAUUUAGGCCUUUUGUUAGUGGAUUGGAAUAUUCAUUUGAAACAAUUAAAAAGAAUCUUAUUCCACUAAGAAAGUGAAUCAAUUAGUAAAAGUGUUUCCAUUAUUUUCCUUUUGGAAAUUGAAACUUUUCUCGUUUGAAUAGUUAACGAGGUUGAUUGUUAACUAUAAAUGUUUGUUUCAUUAAAAAUUGAUUGUCAACAUUUAUGCAAAAUCGUUGGGACAGUCUCAUGUUUAGCUCAUAUUAUCUAAUUGAUUGAUAAUAAUUUAGUGGUGACAGUGACUUUUACAUGGUUAAAAUGAUCAUAUUCCCAUUGAAUUAUGAUAAAAGGAAUAAGCAAUCAAUUGAUCAACAAGUUGGACUGUGGUCACUAUCAAAGCGACGUUUUUUAUGUUCACAAAUGUUUAAAGACAUUUUGUCAUCAUUGUAAACAAGAAAACCGACCAUGUGUCUUAUGUAAAACCGAUCUCAUCGAAGCUGAUUACCUCAAAGCCAUUGACAAGAAAAGAUGUGGAGAUGAUUCCGUUUGUAACAAUCAAGCCAUUUUCCAUUGUUUGUGUAGUAAAAAAGAUUUUUGUGAGGCUCAUUUACUCAAAUUUCAUCGAAAAAUUUUAGCAUCUAAAAGAUGUUGUGCUGUUAUUCUCAACUCGAGCACGGAUGAACCUUCAUGUUCCAAAUGUGACAAUUUUAUCGCUCAAUUUGUGGACAAGACAACUAAUGAACUAUUCUGUGAGACAUGUAGUAAGAAUAAGUCAGCAAAUAUUGUUCCCAUUGACCGUGACAACAACAAUCAUACCACCGUUAACAUCGAUAUUGACAAAAAUUUUCAUAUUCAUCGGGAUAUUAUUGGUAAUCAAUUGAAUUUAUUGAGCACAAAACUUGAAGAGUAUACCAAUGAGAUUGAAAAAGAAAAGACAAAGUUCAAUAACGAAAUCAACCACUUGCAAAAAGAAUUGGAAUCUUAUGUGAACAUUAACAAAGAUCAAAUAGACUCUUUGCGAGCUUCAGUGGACAAAGUUAAACAAUUUUUAGAUCUAUUGAAUCGCAAUGAUAAACUUGGAAUAAUUAAUCUAAUCAAAUCGGAUAAACUCAACUAUAAACUUGCGGACUCGAAAUUACGGCUGUGGGUUGAAGAGAUCGUCCAAUCGUAUAAUAUUCCUGAAUUAACAAAAUCGGGUUUUAACUGGAUCGAAGAGACUGUUCUUCAUGAGUUGGUUCCUGGUCCACGGAAUUGGAAGUCUAAUCAUAGUCCAUUCUUUCCAGAUAAUAUACUUAAAUUGACUCACGACUUUAUCAAAGAUCAUCUUCGCCAUAAAAUACUUUUGUCAACCUCACAAACAGAAACAACUUACAAAAACGAUUUGGAUUAUUUUCUCGACUGUUCUUCCAUUGCUGGUGGUGAUGUUACUCUAUUAACUGAAACUGGUAAACGAGCACUUAAUCAAGCAGUAGAUUUGACGUUUGCUCGAAUAUGUUUUGAAGAGGCACAUCGAAUCGAUCCAAACAAUUGGUUUGUUCUCGACACAUUAAUGGGUCUUCAUUUCGUGCUUAAUGAUCACGAUAAUUGUCUACAACUCGCAAUCAAAGGAUUAAUGAUGGAUGGCAAUUACUUUAAAGGUCGUGUAUUAGUCUCAGAGGUGUUGAAACGUUUGCCGCCUUUACGAUCAAAAUUACCUUCUGACCUACAGUUCAUAGACAUUUGGAAUCCUUGUGAAGGUCAUAGAAAGGUAGAAAUUUUGGACGAGCUCGUGAGUUUAAGAGAACUCUAUAAUUUACGAAGCGUAUGUGGAGCAAAUCAAGAUGAUGCUCGGAAAUUUUUGAAUUUAUCUCUCAAUGCAGAAACACUCUCGUCGUUAAAAUCCCUAAUUUCAGUUUUAAUAACUGUUCAUAAUGAAAUGACAAAACACAGAGUUGAUUUAAAUGAAGUAAUAAGGUUAGAAAUCCAUAACAGUUCUAUCGCUCAACCAAUUACUCCUCCGAGUAUUGAUUGUACGCACAUAGAAAUGUCGAAUCAUAAUACUAAGCGUAAAAAGAAAGGACGAAGCUAUGGUUUAUCUAAUAAACUAAGAUUAUCUUCGGCUAAGCGUAAAAAAGUCAACCAUUCAUGUAUUAAUAUGUAUAAAAAAGUAUUCUCGAUGUUCCCUGAGAGUGUUUUAACUCGUAAGAUACACCAAGAAAGUGACUCAGAGAUUCAAACACAGAACAAAGCUCAGGUAGAGAAUCUGAUUUUGACACGUUACAUGUUCCGACAAAAGCCAUUCGUCUCAAAAGGCAGAGAGUUUAACCAACUAAUAAGUGAUCUGCUCUACGAAAUAGCGGACCAAGCAGCUUUAAUCAAAUUGCCUCCCAAAUUCAUGGAGCUUUAUGAAAUUCAUCGGAAAUGGUAUCCGCUACUUUCAACCAAUAACAUAACACCAGAUGAGACAAACUUAAUCUUAACUGCCAAUGAGAUGAAAUUUAAUCAACCUGAAGCAAUAUUUUUGACUGAAUCAAUUCCAUAUCUACGAGAUUUAUUGAAUCCCACAGAUUAUGAUAAAUUUUUCAUUCGUCUCAUGAUUCUUCGAGGAAUCAAAGAAUCUAAAGUUGAUUAUCUUCUAAUGGCAAAUGAAGUUUUCAAAAAGUCUAACCUUAAAUUAGUGCAAGGGGCAAAUCAGACUGUCUAUAGCUUUUCUAGUCUUAGAUCGAUGAUCAACGAGAUGAACGAAAAUAAUUUGGACAUGUUAUUGGACCAACAUCGACACGAAGAAAUUGUUGAACUAUUAGCAUCUAAAUCUGAGCUCUCUAGACAAGAAGAAGAGUGUCUCUGUCAAGCUAUUCAAUCGUCACAACAAUGGAAACGAGGGAUCGAAAUAAUUGCCCAAAGUAAAAAACUACCCGACACAUUGCUAAAUCUUUUAAAAUCUUGUCUGAAGAAUGGUGAUGGAACAUCUAUUGAUCAAGAAUUGGCUAUCAAAUUGUUGAAGUUGGGAACAGAAGAUUACAAUGCAAUGGCCUGGACUUGUAUUCUACAAACAUUCAUAAACGAGAUGCGACUUGAUAACAUGGACGAAGAAAAAGUUGUCGAUUUGAUUAUUUCAGUUCAUAAUUAUCUAGGGAAUAAAGGAUGGUGUUGGGAUUUCAAUGGAGAGUUUUUAUCUCUAUCACUUGAUUUCUUGAUCUAUCAAGUAAAUAUCAAAAGAGAAAAGUUAAUUCUCAACUGUCUUGGUUGUUUUUACAAACAAUUACGAUGUAACUUUCUGACUGCUCAUAAAGGAACGGGGGUUAAUCUACAUUGGGACAACAUUCAUUUUAUUUAUGAUCACUUUACUCCUAAAAAGUUGCCAAGUUUUGACGAAAGUUCUGAUCCAAUUGAUUCAAAGACAGAGGAGCUGUUUCGAUCUUUACUUUCGAUGAUUCCUGACAAUUUAAAUCCUGAAAGAUAUUCUCAAUUUAUUUCUGAAUAUAUUGAUAAUGGAAAACCAAUUGAAGCUUCAUCAAAUAUUCCAAAACAUCGAGUUACUCAAAAUAUUUAUUAUUAUUUAGCUGAUUAUUACCUAAAACACAAAGACUUUAAGAAGGCGAUAAAAUUCUAUAUUCUUGAUUUAACUCUAAAUCUUGAUCGAUUCGAUUCAUGGGUUGGUUGUGCUCUUUCACUAGCAGAUGAGAUUGAACAAUAUUCUUCACCUGCAAAAUUGUCAAGUUUUCUACUCAUCUACUGAAGAAAUGUUGCUUUUGGGAGAAAAAGUAUUUCGAUGUUUCAAUGAAGCGAUUCGGAUUAAAGAUAAUAAAUCCAGGGUAUGGUAUAAGUAUGGAAAGUGCGCUCAUAACAUCUCGAGCUAUAUUUCUCGAAUCAUGAAAUCUGGACCAGUCUUGGAGAAUUCACAAAAAGAAGCAAUGAACCAACAGCACAAGCGGUUCUUAGACAAAGCACAAGUUUGCUUCGAAUCAACUAGCAAAUUUUCCAGGGCUGACGAAAUUCGGACGAAUUAUAAUUUGGGUGAUGCUGAAAAAUUGUUCAAAAUUGCAACGUUUUAUGCUUCAUCCGAAUUGGGUAGCAAAACAUUUCUUCUUGAUGCUGAUCGGAUUAAUCUUGGAAAACAAGCAGUGGAACAUUGUUUUAACGUUUACGAAAGUCGAAUUGAAAAAGCAAAAGGAAAUCGAAACAAUUUAGAUCAAAUUAAAGAGGAUAUAAAGAGAAUUUGUAACAAAUUGAUGGAAUAUCCUAUUUAUAAACAACAAGCUGAACAAUUUCUCGAAAAACUUGUUCAAUGUGUAGCAAUUGAUGAAUUUUAGCAAUCGAUUUCCAUGAUGAGAGGUUCUUUCAACAAUAUUUCUCGAAUUUGCAAGAAUCUUUUCUAAUUCUUAACAAAACUAAAUUUGUUCAAUUUGAAUAACUAUUCUUAUUACAACGAAAAUAUUUUUCUGCUAUUUUUUGUGACUAAAGAUCUUUGGUUUUCUCGAAAGAAACUCAACGAACUUUUGAAAUUUCCAUUAUUCCACUCGAUACAAUCAUUUAUUGAUAAAAGUUCACCUUUACAUGGAUCAGCAAAAAUUUGAAUUUUUUGGUAAAUGAAAAGCUCUAAGAACCAGAUAACAAAUCCCAAUUAAAUUAAAAUUAAGAAUAAAAUUUCUGGCAAUUUUAUUCGA